UUAUGACUACGGGGUCGUAAAUCCGCCAUGUUUGCUCUCCUUGUAGCAGCGUUGCGACAGAGACGGAGAAUUCAAACGACAUGAAUGUAGAAAAUAAUCAUACGGCAGAAACAGAGAGGGAGCAAACGAAGAACGGCAACGAGACAAUCACCAUUCAGACCACGUUAGGAGACGAAGAUGAAGAUGUGCACAAGUGUGGACGCUGUCAGACCGAGUUCUCCACGCUGGAGGCUUUCAUCCAGCACAAGUUGCAACAGAGCUGCAGACGCGCGGAGGCACGGGAGGCGAGCGGCGAGGACGCCGGUCAGGAGGUUACUGCAGCCAAUGAGAGUUCUUCAGAGGUGAAAACAGCUGCAGGAGCAGCCUCAGACGAGCUCGAGAAGAACUCGAAUGACCAAAGCAGUGCUCCGUUGGGUCGAGGUCGCAGGAAGAAAAUCGUUUCACUCAAAGCCACCAAUCAGUCAGAUGGGACUGCUGAGCGAUCCAUAGCUCAGAGUGCUGUCAGUGACAGGCAUGUUUACGAAGUCAGCCAGGAUGGACGCUACAUUUGCCAACUUUGUGACAAGACAUUUAAAACAACCAACAUCUUAAGGACUCACAUGAAAACUCACAGUGACCAGAAGAACUUCUCAUGUGACCUCUGUGGGACCUCCUUUCGCACAAAAGGCUCCCUGAUUCGCCAUAAUCGUCGUCACACUGAUGAGCGGCCAUAUCGCUGUAACCUAUGUGGCCAGUCCUUCAGAGAGUCGGGUGCCCUCACCAGACACCUCAAGGCCCUCACACCCUGCACAGAAAAGAUCCGCUUUGUUCAGUACAAGGAGAUCUUGGUCAGCAAAGAUGGAAUACAAAAAGGAGUUGAAGAUGACCGCGCUGCAGUAGCAGGACAUCAAGAGGUUGUGGUUGUUGAGCAACAGCCAGAGGAGGAAGAAGAGGAGCAGCAGGAGGAGGAGGAGAUGGUCGAGGCUCAGACUGCUGUCGUCAGUGUGGUUGAAGCUGGUUCCCAAGAGGUCCUCCAUCAGGUCCACUUUACCAUGGAGGUGGAUGGAACAACGCAGGAGCAACAGGUGGUGGUAGAGCAGUCUCAGGCGGAGGCCUUGGCUGCUGCUGCAGCAGCAGGUGACAGCCUCAUCUGCCAAGCCAUCAUCAACUCUGGCAUCGCCCUGGGGACGGAAGAAGCUGUGGUUGAGGAGACUUCGCAGGUGACCGAGGAGAUACAUAAAGUGGAUUCUGACUCACCUGAUGCCGAUGAGGGUGUAACUGAGAUCCAUGUUAAAGAAGAGUUUGUGGAGGUGGAGAUGGAGGCAGAGGAAGAAGGUGAUGGAGACAAUCAGACAACCUCAAAACUGCACACGUGUCCACACUGUAAUCGCUCCUUCAAGGGACUGAAUUAUUUCCGCUUUCACGUCAAGGGCCAUUUGGGUUACAAGCCCUUUAAGUGCACACUGUGCCAUAAAGAGUUUCUGACUGGUUACCUGCUGAAGAAACACAUGGAGGUCCAUGUCAGUGAGAGGAGGUACAAGUGCGGUGAGUGUGGCAAGCUGUACAAAACCAUCGGGCAUGUACGUGAGCACAUGAGGGCCCACUCGGAUGAAAGACCCUACCACUGUGCGAGGUGCAACAAGGGGUACAAGACCAAGAAUGCCUUGCAGGUGCAUCAGCGGACACACGGUGAUGAGAAGCCCUAUGUAUGCGAGUUCUGCUUGAGGGGGUUCAGGGAGAAAGGUUCUCUGGUGCGACAUAUCCGCCAUCACACCGGAGAGAAGCCCUUCAAGUGCCCAAAGUGCAAGCGAGGGUUUGCUGAGCAUGGGACUCUCAAUCGGCACAUGCGCGCUAAAGGAGGCUGCCACAAGGACGAUUCUGGUGAGCAACAGGGCGCAGUUACAGAGGAACAGGCAUCGGCGGACAGCCUUGCCACAGCAGCCAUCAUCUCAGAGGAUCCUCACGCUGUCCUGGUGGAGUUCUCCUCAGUGGUGGCAGACACACAGGAGUACAUCAUCAAGACUCAAAUGGAGGAGGAUGUGCAGGAAGAACAGGUUACACUCAUUCAAGACAGCCAAAACGAGAUGGGAAACCACAUCAUGAAAGUCGUGCAGCGAAUCGUCAGCCAGUCGCACGGCGCCGGCGGAAGCGGCAGCCGCCAGAUCAUUGUGCGCAACGUAGCCGUGAACGAAGAGGGCGCGUCCAUCUCGGACUGUGGCGACACCAUCACCAUCGCGACGCCCGAGAGCCUGACGGAGCAGGUGGCCAUGACGCUGGCCUCCGCCAUCAGCGACGGCACGCUGCUGGCCACUGCGGGGACCGUGGAGACGCCCGAAGGGACUGUUACUAUUACCACAGAGGAGGCAGUGGAGGAGGGAAUACAGGUGUUGCAGCAACAAGAGGAGUAUGUCAUCACCUCCCCAGAGGAGGUGGAGAUUCAGACUGUUAUUGUAUGAUGAAAGAGAGAACAGUAUGGACUGUGGCUCGACUUAACCUGUGUAGCCAACUAUUGUAGAGGUUGUACGAGCUUCAUGUGGACAUUUGAUUACAAAACAAAGGCCAAAGUGUUAAUAAGGUUUAUAGUUACAGAAACUGAACAACUACAAAGAAGUGUGUGUGAAGCAUAAAAGAAUGAGUGUUUAGGAUUACUUGCCCUGUCAUGGGUUUAAUUUUUGUGGAUUGAUUUACUAAAAUUAACCUCUGCUCGCUAAUUUCUGAAAUUUUUGGUGCAUUCAAUUUAGAGUUGCAAUAUGUAAGAUAUGGCCAGAAUUUUAGUUUAAACUUAUCAACAAAUCAACUAAAAUGAUCAACAGAGUGUGAAGAAAUAAGUUUGUCAGAUUCGUUGAUGUAUGGUUUUUCAGCGAUGUCUUCUGGACCUGGCGUGCUAGCCACUUUUUUUAGUUCAAUAAAUGAACAAAUACACUCCGAAAUGAUAGGAAAUAUGUUUACACAAAUAUUCCAGAUUACACAGAAAAAAUAGAACUGCACUCCUGUGGAUACUCAAGUCAGCUAAGGUCCACUAGCUGCACGGCUAACUAGCUAACGGUGGCUAGUUGCUACAGCCAUACCGUAGAUAGCUAGAUCAAAUAAAAUAGCAGUUUGUGGUUCUGUUGAUUUGUUGCCCUGAUUUGUUUGCAGUGACCUUUAGAAGUUGGCCAAUUCUUACACAUUGCACCUUUUUUGAGACAAUAAUGAACUAGAUUAAUUUUCUAAGGUUUUUGUUUCAAAGGUCUGAACAGAUGCUUAUUACUUUUCAUCUUGUACAAACUGAACUUGUCUUUGCUUUUUUAUCAGUUGAAGCCUGGUCUCUUCUUCUUCACUGCUUUUCUUUUACUACCUAAACGACGUCAGCUAAUUGCAGUUUCUACUUCUGCUGUCUGAUGUCGUCUCCCCUCUGAAAUGUGAUGCCAUUUAAAGACUGACCCGUCGUGUGUGUGCGUGUGUGUGUGUGCAUGAGUGCGUGGCAGAGUGUUGCUCUCCUGAGCUGGUCAGUCUGAAUGCAUCUUUAAGCAUGACGGAUACACCCGAUGUUCAAAAUGUGUUCAGUUUACAGAAGCAGUGUUUGCAUCAAAUAAAUGAUAUAUUCUUAUA